AUGAGUAAACUCACCCUCGACACGCUCAACGAAGCCAUUUCGGCUAUACUUACCCAGUCCCAGGAAAAGAAGAGGAAAUUUGUCGAGACUGUAGAGCUCCAAAUAUCCCUUAAGGAUUAUGAUACCCAGAGGGACAAACGUUUCAGCGGUACUGUCGUACUGCAAAACGUGCCUCGCCAGCGCAUGAAGGUCUGCGUAUUCGGGGACCAAGUGCACUGUGAUCAGGCCAAGAGCUUGGGAAUCGACUACAUCGACCUUGAGGGACUCAAGAAGUUUAACAGAAACAAGACACUAGUCAAAAAGUUGGCGAACAAAUAUGGCGCAUUCCUCGCCUCCCAAACGCUCCUACCGCAGAUUCCGAGGUUCCUUGGACCCGGACUCAACAAGGCGGGCAAAUUCCCUACCCAAAUUACCCAUAACGACAACAUGGAAGACAAGGUCAGGGAAAUUAAGGCCAGCGUGAAGUUCCAGUUGAAGAAGGUGCUUUGCAUGGGCGUCGCUGUUGGUAACGUAGAAAUGACACACGAACAACUAAGGGCUAACAUCGUCCUCGCCAUCAACUACCUUGUCAGUCUCCUCAAAAAGAACUGGCAAAAUCGCUGCGCGCGACGUAACACCGUCAAAAUGGCGACCGGGAACCCUGUGCUGGUUUUUGGUGGCAUUAGGCGCCCAGAAACAAUCGAUACGGGGGCAUUCAAGGUCUCUACCGAGCUUUUCGGGUGGAAGAACAAACGCACUGGCGAAGUAAUCCAGCACAGGCGUAGUGACGUGCAGCGUAUUUCACUAAUUAAUACAGGAGCAGGAAUGCACCAGGUUCGUUUCGAGAUGAAUGCUUCGAAGGAACAUGAGGUCUUACGCUUUUGUGGAUUCACAGAAAAGGCAAUAGGGGAACUAAAGCAACACUUCGAGGAGCACUUCAAAGUACCUACCACCGUGGAAGAGGUUACCCAUUCUGGAUGGCACUGGGGGACAUAUGACUUCGACAACAACACGUUCAAAUUCAAAAUAGAUGAAGACGUAGCUAUUGAUAUUGAUGCUAAGAGCGUCAGCCAGGUCACUGUACCGGCUAAAACCGAUCUUGCGGUGGAGCUCAAGCCAACACAUGGCGGCAACGCAGGAGACGAGCUGGUGGAAAUACGUUUCUGUAUGCCCAACAAGCCAGACGCCGAAGAUAACGAGCUGCUUCUUGAGGACGUUAAACAGACAUUCCUGCUCAAGGCAGGACUCGACGAACUCAAGUCGGAAACUGUGGCACUACUCACCGAUGUGCCACUCAUCGUUCCCAGAGGAAGAUUCGAAAUCGAAUUCACUCGGAAACAUAUCAAGUUGCACGGCAAGAGUUACGACUAUACCAUGUUCUUCACAAACAUAUCUCGCAUGUUCCUUGUUCCCAAACCUAACAGCCCGCACAUCAACUUCGUUCUAGGCCUGCACCAAGCAAUGAGACAAGGGCAGACCAAAUACCCUUAUGUGGUAAUGCAGUUUGAUGCAGAAGAGGAUGUCGAAUUGGAAAUAAAUAUGCCCCAAACCGAUCUGGAGGCUAUGAAACUAGAGAAACUCAUGACAGGGAAAACGUUCAAUGUGGUCACUAAGCUGUUUGGAACGCUAGUUAACAAGCCAAUUGUCGUACCCGGGGAGUUCAAGUCAGACAAGGGGGAAUCAGGGUUCUCGUGUACAUACAAGGCAACCAGUGGAUACAUGUUCCCUCUCAACAGAUCACUGUUAUUCAUUGUCAAACCGGUUAUAUUCAUCAGGUUCGACGACAUCAUCUCUGUCGAGUUCAGCAGGACUGGGGUUUCUACACAAAACAGAUUCUUUGCCUUCAGCAUAGCUACGAAAUUCGGACAGGAAUUCGAGUUCACUAACAUCGAUCGUGCCGAGUUUGAGCCGCUUUCAAAGUACCUCUCAUCCAGGGAAGUGAAAAUAAAAAGGCUCGAGGAGGCCGAAAAAGCCCCUGCGUACAGAACGGCACCUCUCGAUGACGAUGAAGAGGAUGAUGAUGAGGAAGUGGAGGAUGAGGACUUCGAAGACGAAGAGGGUAAGAUGAAUGAGGGUAACCUAAUGUGCAACGCCUCACAGAAUCCGACGACGACACAUCUGAAGAGCUCGAAGAAGAAGAAGAAGAAGGAUGAGCGUUGCCGGAUACUUCACUUGGUAACACACAAUAUAAUGUUUAAAUCCAUGACUAACAAUAAGCCUGUGGUUGACGAUGACGUAGGAGAGAGCCUAGACACCAGUGGCCACGUUCUUCGGUGCAAAUGGUCGUCCGUUCAGGCCGGUUAUGUGAAGGAUGAUUUUAUCCAGUACAUGGUUACCGGCGAGAACCAAGGACCCGUACAUAACAUCCUCCACUUCCUGCGAAUCACCUCAGUCAGAUUUGCAAUAUCUGCGUUCGUCAGACAGUUUCCAGAUGAAGAUCUCCAAAUUGUGAAUUUCGGGUGUGGAUUUGACACCGUCGCAUUCUGGGUCUUGCAGCACUAUCGCAACGCCACGUGCUUCGAACUCGACCUUCCGGAGCAGUUGGAGAAGAAAGCAAAGCUGAUGAAGAACGCAGAACCUAUCAUGCGGUUGCUCUCUGACUACGAAGACGAUGGCGGAACUCUAAUCGUAACCCUGAGAUAUAAAAUGGUUGGUAGAUACCAGGAAUCAGAUACAACAGGCAGCCAGCUCAGCAGCAGACCAUCAUGCUUCGUCUUCUGGGAGCAGAAGCUUGAAUGCCUUGACGAAGUUGAAGAAAUUGUAAUCGUCUGCCGUCACCACAUCCUCGGUGUUUGCGCCACUCAGCCAGAAAAACUUUCGAGCGUAUUUGAUUUGUUUACGCAAAAGGAGACUAAGUUUGCUAAAAGAACAUAUACAACAGAAGAAGUUAGAGCAAUGAUCAAAAGCGGGGACAUUUCACAGAUGCAGCCGGCGCCGCUGAGGACCGACUGGCUGCCGUGA